UUUUUUUUUCUUCCAAAGUUCGAGUUAAUAGUAGAUCUUUAUACAAUUCUCAACUCCACUACUUGAUCAUGAACGCCACACGAGAGAGAAGUAGAUCUGAUCCUCAUGAGUCCACCUUAGACAAGCUCGAUGACUGUCCACCCGCAUUAUCAAAACGGCAUCACCACCGUUCUGUCGACCGUAUCUGGCCACCAGCCUUAGAAGUCAAACUCGCACGGCUUUCUAUGGACGAAGGGCCUUGCAUCGGUCCUCACAUCAUCCCUCCACCUCCACCCGUACCAUUUCAUACUCCUUCUUCCGAGUUAGAGAGAGAUGCUUAUACAGAUUCACGGCUGGAACCCAUCCAAGAGGGACAAGCAAUAUCAACAACCAUAUCGCCACUACAUACGUCAUCUGGGCUAGGAGCGCCAGCAAUGUCAUCAGGCUCUACCACCUUUUUAUCAGAUAAAAGACGAAACUCUAUUCUGGGGCCACUCUCACCCUCUAGCACAUUUCAGAUGGAUAGGCAUCUUUUUCAUCAAUAUACCCAUCCUCCUCAUAUUGAUGUACAAUAUAGAAAAAGAUGCAAGUCAAUGUCACCUAGAGGAGACAAACGAUUCAACAUUAUCCUCUACAACGAUCAUGGAGAAAAAUCCAUGGUAGGUUCCCAACACAUACCCAUGUUUUCACCGCCUUUGCGAAACAUUAGAACAUCUGUGACUACGCCAGAGGAACCCACCAAGUAUGGCGAAGACUUGUUUCAUCGCAGCACCUCAGAGUUCCAGGAGCAUUUGGAAUAUCUUGUUAAAACAAGAGCUCCACCACAACUUACUAUGCCACGGCCGCAAUCAUAUCAGCAUGCAGAGGAGAGUUGUGAAAAAGGGCACUGUGGCCGAGAAGUUAAGGAGCAUAGGAUGGAUCAAGUUAGACAAAAACAUGAUAGGGUCAAGGAUGUGGAUGGUGAGAAUGGAUUAAACCAAUCGCCUCUGGAGCACAUCCCCUCAUGCAAUCGAUCUUCGCAACCACCCGUCUCACCUAUGCGUAAGAAUCCUCUCUCAGCAGCGUCAACUCCAUCAUCACGGACCAACUCGAGACAGAGUUCCCCAACAAGGCUCUGUAGCCGCCAAUCGCUACAAAGAAGUAACCAUGACGUACAGCUCGAUCAUUCUUUAGCUAUUCAACAGCAGCUACAACCGGAAGUACAUACGACAGAGACUGACGGUUGGAAGAUGAGCCCAACUUUCAUGGAUAAUCCAGAGAGAAGGCGAUACUCUCUGGUAGCCGAUGAUCAAGAAGGCCAUAAUGAUUUCAUUCAAGGAGCAUAUGAACGGAUGUCAAAGCCAUCAUCCCCAAAUAUUUUAGACAUCAGCAUCCCAAAUGAUCAGGACCACUGGCGGUCUCCGACGCUCUCUACUUUAGGUUCACAGCCGACAUCUCGCGCUCGCUCUCCAUCAUCACCUCGACUUCGUCCCACCGCACCUUCUGGCCUGUCGACUGGGACUACCAUAGCCAUGGCGAUGUCGACCCGACGAUCACGUCCGCCAGGCGUGGGUUUGGCUCGUUCUCGGCACCAGGCAUUGUUCCGGGAAACAGAAGAUGAAUUGGCUAUGGUAGCUGUAGAACAGGCGGAGGAAGAGACAGAGAUAGAUAUGAGGGUAGAAAUACCACUGAUUGAAGCACAUGAUGAAAUUUCACUCCAAGAUAUCUGGCAGAUGGAAGAUGAGGAACGUAAUGAUCGAAUGAAAGGUGAGGGCAACGAUAGUUCAACUGGCCAGAAAUGCGAUACAAUUCAUGUUUCGCUCAUGAAGGGUGAGGAGCAUGCACAUGAGGAAGCAAGGCUUAUCCAAGAUAUUCUGGACGGAAACUAUCCUCCUCCACCUCAUCACCAUCAUGAUCACCGGCAGCAGCAUCUAUAAGAAAGUAUAAAAACUUUGAAUAUAAUAAAACAACCGAAAUUCUACACUCG